AUGCUCGCCCAUCUCUUGAUCGUCAUCUUUGGCUUUGCCGCCGCCCUUUGCCAGGCAGCCUACAGUUCGCAGCAGCCGUACCCAGAGAAGUUCAAGUACUGGGGAUGUGCUACUGUCGAUGCCGCCGGCUUCAGCAACCCCGUCCCGCUUCCCAACGGUGUCUUGACUCCCGAGAUGUGCCAGGCUGCUUGCAUCAACCACUUGUUUGCUGCCGUAUCCCCCACUGCUUGCCGCUGCGGAGACGACCCCAAUGCUAUCAAAUCCAUCAAUGAAGGAUUCUGCAACAACCCUUGCUCCGAAGAUCCCUACUCUCCCAUGUGUGGUGGAGGCUGCUCUGAGGGUGAAUCCGAUAUCUCGAACCUGUUUGUCGUUCAGGCUGCAGUUAUUCAGGCCACUGAAACUCAAACUGAGUUGGGCGAUCCGGGCAAUCAGCCUGCACCAGCCACUGACUUCUUCACUGUCACCUCUUCGGUGGUGUUGGUCGCUUCGGCUGCACUCCCAUGGCAGACCUCUCUGGCAUCGACUGGACAGGGUCAAGUACCUCCUUCAUUGCCAGUCACUGUUCAACAGCCCCCUGAGAGCCCACUUCCUCCGUCAGCUUUUGUCCCCAUUGACCCGCCAACCACUUCUCCCGGCGAGCUCCUGGAUUCAGCAUCAACCUCGACUGCCCAAGUUCCUACCAGUCUCACUUGGGUUGAAGAUGAACCUCCCACGACCCCGGUAACAGACCCAGAGUCACUCUCAGAUGGGUCCGGAAUCAUGUCCGAGUUUCAAGCAGAGUCUCCCACCAGCGAAACUCUAGUGACAGAGACUGGUUCUGUGCCUACCCCUUCCCCAACUGUUGAUGAGGUGGGUGUCUCAGAGGCAAACCAGUUUGAGAUCCCAUUGUUUGUCAGACUGAGUGAAUUGCUCCUCAUCGCGGUGGUCCUCAUUUGA